CCACAGUCGACGCGUUUCAGGCUUCCCAUCUUGAAAUCCCGACACACUAGACAAUGCACUCACUUCCAUCCUCCAUCCUCAAAGCUUCUGCCUCUUCUUCUUCGUCUUCGUCCGGGCGUUCUGCUUACAAAAACCAGCAACACAUUUUUCGUCCGUAUACCACGGCCCGCUAGUCGAUCAGUCUGCUGCUCUAAAGCCAAUUCCGGCCUCUAGGCAGAGUCCUACGUAGUAUGUAGGAUCUAGCGUUCCCAGACGACCGUCCGCUUCGCGCGGGGCCGGUUUGGACCGACGCAGCAUGUAUACGUGUGUGUUGAGUAUAUAUAUAAAGCCGUGUCAUCUAGACAGUCAGAGUAGUGUGUCUAUCAAUCAUCACGAUCUCGUCUCUACCAAACCCAGAAGGCCUCAUAUACUGAGAAGGCAGCAAUUGAACAAGAAGAAAAAAAACGGCGCUCAUCAAAUUGAACAAGUCCCCCUCCUUUCUAGAGUUCUAUAACAUGACGUCGCUCUACGACCAAUCCGUCCCCAUCCUCAUCAAGUACCUCAAUAACCUCACGAACAUCCUCAAAAAGGGCGAGGCGUACGCGGAUGAGAAGGGCAUCGCGCACGAGACUAUGCUGCAGUACCGUCUCAUCGAAGACAUGCGUCCCCUCACCUACCAAGUCCAAGCCUGCAGCAACACGGCCAAAUUCCUCAGCACGCGGGUCGGCGGCGUCGCACCGCUCGUACUAGACGACAACGAGGAGACGUUCGCGCAGCUGCACGCGCGCAUCGCACGCACGAUUGAGAUCCUGCGCAGCAUCCGGCCCGAGGACAUGAACGGCAAGGAAGCGGAUCAGAUUGUCAUGGAGACGGGGAUGGGCAACUACGGGUUUACGGGCCUUGGGUAUGUGGCCGAGUAUGCGAUACCGAAUUUCCAUUUUCAUUUGAGUACGGCGUAUUGCUUGUUGCGGGAGCAAGGGGUGCCGAUUGGGGCGUUGGAUUAUCUGGCGGGCAUGUUUAAGAAGAUUGAGUAGAGAGAGGGCCGGGAGGGGCAAGGUAUUUUGUUCGUAGUGGAAGUGUCAGUGUCGUUGCCGGGGACUAUUAUAGAUAGCAGGUGCACCAAGACACAGAAAAUUGAGACAUGUCACAACGCAAUGAGGCGUGACUGUCGUCUCUAUGUUACUCUAUUAUGUUAUG